AUGGACAACGCACACACGAAGACGGUGGAGGAAGUUUUCAACUUUUUCAACGUAAAUGAGAGCACAGGUCUGAGUUUAGAGGAGGUAAAGAAACAACGGGAGCGAUUUGGACCUAACGAAUUACCAGCAGAAGAGGGCAAAUCCCUUUGGGAGCUGGUGAUUGAACAGUUUGAAGAUCUGCUUGUGAGGAUCCUUUUACUUGCUGCCUGUAUAUCCUUUGUUCUGGCCUGGUUUGAAGAGGGAGAGGAAACAGUCACAGCCUUUGUGGAGCCUUUUGUUAUCUUGCUUAUUCUCAUAGCAAACGCCAUCGUAGGAGUCUGGCAGGAGCGAAAUGCAGAAAAUGCCAUUGAAGCUUUGAAGGAAUAUGAGCCAGAGAUGGGGAAGGUGUAUCGCCAGGACAGGAAAAGCGUUCAGAGAAUCAAAGCCAGGGACAUUGUGCCUGGCGACAUCGUAGAAGUUGCUGUUGGUGACAAAGUGCCUGCAGACAUCAGGCUUACUUCUAUAAAGUCGACCACCCUGAGGGUAGAUCAGUCGAUUCUUACAGGAGAGUCUGUAUCAGUGAUCAAGCACACAGAUCCCGUUCCAGAUCCACGAGCCGUCAACCAGGACAAAAAGAACAUGCUGUUUUCUGGCACCAACAUCGCAGCAGGUAAGGCUGUAGGCGUGGUGGUGGCCACAGCCGGCAACACAGAGAUCGGCAAAAUCCGAGAUGAGAUGGCGUCCACAGAGCAGGAGCGCACGCCCCUGCAGCAGAAGCUGGAUGAGUUUGGGCAGCAACUAUCCAAGGUCAUCUCACUGAUCUGCAUUGCUGUUUGGAUCAUCAAUAUCGGACAUUUUAACGACCCGGUCCAUGGAGGCUCCUGGAUCCGAGGUGCAGUCUAUUAUUUCAAGAUCGCGGUGGCUCUGGCAGUCGCUGCUAUUCCUGAGGGUCUGCCUGCUGUCAUCACUACCUGUCUGGCUUUGGGAACGCGCCGCAUGGCCAAGAAGAACGCUAUUGUCCGCAGCUUGCCCUCCGUGGAGACCCUCGGCUGUACAUCUGUCAUCUGCUCUGACAAAACUGGGACGCUGACCACCAAUCAGAUGUCUGUCUGCCGGAUGUUUAUUAUUGAUAAAACCGAGGGGGAUCACUGUCCGUUAAAGGAAUUCACUGUUACGGGCUCCACAUACGCUCCAGAUGGAGAAGUCUUUCAUAAUGGCAAACCAGUAAAAUGCUCCCAGUAUGAUGCCUUGGUUGAGCUGGCCACUAUCUGUGCUCUCUGUAAUGACUCAUCACUGGAUUUUAAUGAGACCAAAGGUGUUUAUGAGAAGGUGGGAGAGGCCACGGAAACAGCGCUGACGUGUCUGGUGGAGAAAAUGAACGUGUUUGAUACAGACAUUAAAAACCUGUCCAAGGUUGAGCGAGCCAAUGCCUGCAACUCUGUGAUCAAGCAGCUCAUGAAGAAGGAGUUCACUUUGGAAUUUUCCAGAGACAGGAAGUCUAUGUCCGUAUACUGCACUCCAAAUAAAGCACGGUCCUCUGUUGGCAAGAUGUUUGUAAAGGGUGCCCCAGAGGGAGUUAUUGACAGGUGCACACACAUCCGUGUCGGCAGCAGCAAGGUGCCGAUGACCCCUGGCAUCAAGGAGAGGAUCAUGUCUGUGAUCAGAGAGUAUGGGACUGGCAGAGACACUCUGCGCUGUCUGGCUCUGGCGACGCGUGAUAACCCUGUAAACAAAGAGAACUUUGUGUUGGAAGACUCUUCUCGCUUUGUGGAAUACGAGACUGAUCUGACGUUUGUGGGCUGCGUCGGCAUGCUGGAUCCACCCAGAGCGGAGGUGGCUGCUUCCAUCAGGCUUUGCCGUCUCGCAGGCAUCAGAGUAAUCAUGAUCACCGGAGACAACAAGGGUACGGCAGUAGCCAUCUGCAGACGUAUCGGCAUCUUUGGGGAGGAGGACGAUGUUUCCAGCAUGGCUUUCACUGGCAGAGAGUUUGAUGACCUCUCACCUGCCGCACAGAGAGAUGCUGUGGUCAAGGCUCGCUGCUUCGCUCGCGUUGAGCCAGCACACAAAUCCAAGAUCGUCGAGUAUCUGCAGUCCUAUGAUGAGAUCACAGCUAUGACCGGUGAUGGAGUGAACGACGCCCCUGCUCUGAAGAAGGCUGAGAUUGGCAUUGCCAUGGGCUCCGGAACAGCUGUGGCCAAAACGGCGUCGGAGAUGGUGCUGGCUGAUGAUAACUUUUCCACCAUCGUAGCUGCAGUCGAGGAAGGCAGAGCCAUUUAUAACAACAUGAAGCAGUUCAUCAGAUACCUCAUCUCCUCCAAUGUUGGUGAAGUUGUCUGCAUCUUCCUGACUGCAGCUCUGGGUUUCCCCGAGGCGCUCAUCCCCGUUCAGCUCCUCUGGGUCAACCUGGUGACUGAUGGGUUGCCGGCCACCGCCUUAGGAUUCAACCCCCCCGACUUGGACAUCAUGAGCAAACCUCCACGAAAUGCUCGGGAGCCCCUCAUCUCCGGAUGGCUUUUCUUUAGAUACCUUGCCAUUGGAUGUUACGUUGGAGCUGCUACUGUUGGCGCCGCUGCUUGGUGGUUUGUUGCUGCUGAGGAUGGACCAAGGAUUACCUUUUACCAGCUGAGCCAUUUCCUGCAAUGUGGCCCAGAGAACCCCGACUACCAGGGUCUGGACUGUAAGGUUUUUGAGUCCCCUUACCCCAUGACCAUGGCCCUGUCGGUGCUGGUUACUAUAGAGAUGUGCAAUGCCCUCAACAGUGUGUCAGAGAACCAGUCGCUGCUGCGGAUGCCUCCCUGGGAGAACGUUUGGCUGCUGGGUGCCAUCUGCCUCUCCAUGUCCCUUCACUUCCUCAUCCUCUAUGUGGAGCCGCUUCCAAUCAUCUUCCAGAUCACCCCUCUUAACCUCACCCAGUGGCUAAUGGUGCUGAAGAUCUCGCUGCCCGUCAUCUUGCUUGAUGAGCUGCUGAAGUUCGUUGCCAGGAACUACCUGGAGCGCAACAGAGAGCUGGAGAAGUUCCCCAGCUCCAAAGGCUGCUGCCUGUUUGCAUGUCAGUUUUCAUGAAAGCUUUUGGCAAUCAGAGCAGAAUAAGAAGCUGGGAAUUGUCUUUCCACAAAGUGUGGCUCACGCAUAAUUUCCCUCACUGCAGACACCGUGAUGACCAGCAGCACACACACACAAACACACACACAGGUGAAAAGAACACUGUUUUCAGAAUGCAUAGUUAUCCUGCUAAUUGUCCCUUUCGCCGCCAACUUAUAACAAUAAAAUUCCCGCAGUGAGUCACACAUCCCUCUGUGUGCAAAUGCUAAAUUAGGACGAUAAUCCAGCUAUAUGUGCAGGGACGUCCUGAAACGCUCCCCUCCUUCUGAAUCCUCCUUGCAUGAAGACGUUCUUCCAUUGGUAGCUCGUCGGUCGCAUUGAUCACUUUGCAAAAAAAGUGGGUUGAAUGGUCUUAGCUGUACAUCAGUGUACAAAAACAUUCAUGCAUGCGUUUCAGCUGUAUGUAGGCUUUACAAAUUUGUAUUUAUAGAUUCUAAUGUAUAAUACUCUAAUGACUUAAAGAGCGUUUUAAGAAAGAUAAAGUUGUAAAAUCACUUUAUUGUAAUGGUUUGGGUCAUUUGCACAAUGUUGGACAUGAAUGCCUGAUUCAUGCUGAACUUGACUGUGCUUAACCUUAGCGUUUUGUUUGUUUUGUUUUUUUUAAUAAUAUUUCUUUUUUUUUUUAUCUCAUCACUUAAUGUGAGAAUACCACUCACUCUGCCAGUUAAUUUCAUGAAUUAGCCAAUAGCAUCUAGGUUAGCAGACUGUCGCUCAUUUCUCAGUGAACCUGCAAUACAGCUCGUUUGAUUUUUCUUAUUGCCUUGACAUUCCUUUAAUUAUCUAUCUUUAUCAACUGCUGUAAAACUGUGAUUUAAUGUGAGGAACCCUGUAUGGUCUCCUCCUGACACCUGGUUGAAGAACAAUAUUAACCAUAUGAAAACGUCAAUCAUUACUGAAGGCUGAUAAUGAUUGUACAGUACAUACAUUACUGAGGUUGUGAUUUCAGGUAAAUAAAAUAAUCUAGUAUUUGA